AUGGGUGCUGCCGAUGACGAUUUUGCCGAUCGGAUCAAGGUCCAGGGCUGGUCUAUGUAUGCAGUAGCAUUGGUGUUCAUAGGACUGCGCAUGUAUGCGAGCAUCACAAAGCUUGGCUGGAGGCACCUGCGUCUUGAUGACAUAUUGAUGGUUCCCGCCCUGGCUUUGUAUACAGGACUCAUCGUGGGAUUAAACGCCGUAGCAAGAGGAGGCUCGAUUCCGUAUCCACCAGACGCCGCUGGCCCUCUGACCGACGACGACAUUCAGCUUCGCAUCAUAGGAUCCAAGAUCGCCAUCGUCAACGAACAAUGCAUGCUCAACCUCCUUUACAUCCUCAAAUGCUGCAUGUUAGUUCUAUACACGCGCCUCACCCUCGGAACCAACUCCCAGCGUCUGGUCCGGAUGCUGUCCGUGUACGUGGCGCUCUGCUGGAUGUCGACCCAGGUGACCUUCUUCAGCCACUGCCGGCCCUUUUCGGACAUGUACACGUUCCCUCCGUCGUCGCGGAACUGCGCCACGUUUGAGCAUUACGAAGUGGUCCAGGGCGUCCUCAACAUCACGUCCGACUUUUUGAUGCUCUGCGUCCCGAUCCCGCUCGUCAUCCGCGUGCACAUGCCCUGGCGCCAAAAGGCCAUGCUGCUCGUCGUGUUCUCGACGGGCAAGUUUGUCAUCAUCGCCGCCAUCUUGACAAAGUACGAAGACCUCACCACCGACUGGAACCCGCAGUACAUAAUUUGGUACAUAGUCGAGACCAGCGCCGCCGUCUACGUCGCAAACAUGCCCAUCAUCUGGCCCUUGCUCUUGCAGUGGGGCCACGGACUUGGGCAAAAGUCAAAGUUGAUGAGGGAGAGCGACGAGCCCGUGUUGGGCGCGCCAGCGUUUGCCAUGCCUGUGUUUGGCGGUAGUGCUGGUGGUCUCGACGGUGCUGAGAGCUUUGUCGGGAGCGCCGAGGGUCGCAAUCCGGUCAACAGGCGCCACAGCGAUGAAGAGUCCGAGAUCGACAUACAUGCAGCCCUCGAGUCUAUCCCGGAAUUUCUGCCGCCGCCGCAGAGGUCAUAUAUAGCGCCGAAACGCUGCCUCGGGGGUAUUUCCACUCCGGUCCUGGCCUCUGAAAGCAGGAGAGAGGGCGGCAGCGGGAAUGGGACUGGCGCGAUGGGAACCCGUACAGAUUUCAGCCGUUGGCCGAAGCUAGCGAGUAAAUAA